UUAAGCAACACUGAGCGCACACGACGAGCACUGCCCGCCGCUCACUCGCUGCAGAGGUCGGUAAUUGUCAGGUCAUAAUGGUGACUACUAGGUGGGUCCAUUCACAUUGUGUUGGGUUUCGGGAGGCUGCAACAGACACAUGCCUGUUUCAUCCAACCCCAAAGCCCAUUUAACCAGCUGACCUAUCCUCUCAAUCUAUCUCCACCGCCAUUCAACCACACAUUCACUCGCUCUCUGCAUUCACUAACUUCGGGAAUGCAGAGCUCAGUCGGACAAGCCCUCGGCGUCUGUGCAAAGAAGAUCUUCCCGCAAGUCGCUCAAAGGCUCUGAAAAGACACCGCAAACUCCUACUCGCAACAUGUCGACGCGUUCGAACGGGCGCGCCUCCAAGGAGAAUCACAGCAAGGACGUCCUCGCACCCAAGACUGAACACUACGAAUUUGGUGGGCCGCUCGGUGCCGCUUUUGUCACAUCAACCGUCCCCUUCUUUUCAUACGCCCUCUACUUCGUCUGCAAUGAGCAGGCAGGUUGCUCGAUCCUACCCAAGUCACCUGCUCUGCUUUUCAAGGCGAUGAAGCAGGGUGUCGUCGACAGCCUUUUCGACUACGAAGGCUGGGCUAUCUACUUUGCCUGGUACGCAUUUGUCGUCCUCUGCUGGGCGAUCUUGCCAGGCAGGACCGAGGAGGGUCUCUCUCUUCGAACAGGGGCUAAACUCAAAUACAAGACCAAUGCGUUCGCGACUUUGGUUGCUAGCUUUGGCCUGUCCGCGGGCUGGAUCCUCCUCAAAGGACCAGCGGCCUACACAUUUUUCUAUGACCACUGGCCAGCCCUAGUCUCGGCCUCUCUUUCCAAUUCCCUUAUCCAGGCAUUCUAUGUGUAUUAUGCCAGCUUUCAGCAAGGCAAGCUCCUUGCCGAGGGCGGCAACACCGGCAAUACGCUUUUUGACUGGUUCAUCGGCCGCGAACUCAACCCUCGUAUCGGCUCCUUUGACAUCAAGACAUUCAACGAAUUGCGCCCUGGCCUCAUCCUCUGGGCACUCCUCGAUUUCUCCUGCGCAUGCCACCAAUACAUCUCCCUUGGCGGCAGAAUCACCGACAGCAUGGCCCUUGUUCUCAUCUUCCAUACAUUCUAUGUCGUUGACGCGCUCUACUACGAAAGUGCCAUCUUCUCGCAGAUGGACAUCACCACCGAUGGAUUUGGCUUCAUGCUUGCAGUUGGCGACUUGACCUGGGUUCCCUUCGUGUACAGCUUACAAGCUCGCUACCUCGCCUUCGCUCCUGUCGACCUUGGCUUCAUCGCAACUGCCGCCAUCUUUGCGUCCAACUUUACUGGCUACUACAUCUUCCGCACUGCUAACGCAGAGAAAAAUGACUUCAGGAAAGGCCAGAAUAAGAAGAACCUGCAAUUCAUGACCACCAAGUCCGGUCGCAAGUUGCUGACGUCAGGCUGGUGGGGCCGAUCGCGGCACCCGAACUAUUUCGGCGACUGGAUCAUGGCUCUCUCUUGGAGCUUGCCGACGGGUUUCAACACGCCAAUCACCUACUUCUACUUCUGCUUUUUUGUUGUUUUGCUAGUGCACAGGCAGAGGCGUGAUGACGAGGCCUGCCAGAAAAAGUACGGCAAAGACUGGGACGUAUACAUCUCCAAGGUUCCAAGCCGCAUCAUUCCAUACAUCUACUAAAGAUGAGGUGACUAGUGCGCGCGUAGCGUCACGUCAACAUUGGAAUGAGACCAAUGGCGGUUCUCAAAUUUUGUGCUCUUGCGAUGCACCCACUUUACUGCAUUCAACGCCCUGGAUACUAUCAUAAUAUCUAUUUGAGAAUCCGCACGUAGUGAUACAACAAAGUCGAAAUCAGUCACGAAGUUAUAUGCCAACAGGGUAAAUGCAUGGAGAGUGUGGCGUGCGCUUGCGGAUGAAUCAGAUCGCGUUGAUGCUUCAGUUUAUUUGUCGCGUUGAGCACCGCGAUAAAGUCGGAAGCUGGUCCAUGUAACCCCGACCAAUGCAAAAAG